CACUCUUCUGAAGACAAGGAGCUUUUUGUAUGAAAGGCAAAUCACAGGACUCACAUGCUUUGGUGGGGAGAAACAGAGCGAUCAGAGCAGAAGAUAACCUUCCUCAGAGGGGAGAAACACAGCGGAGGAGCGGACUGCAGCUGUUUAGAGCUGGACGAGGACCUCAGGAGAACGUCAACCAAACAGGAGCGGAAAGAGCAGGACUACCUAAAGAUGGAGGACGAUGGAACAGAAACGGAGACGAGGACAGAGGACCAGGCAGAAGGUGUCAAAGAAAAUGUGGAGGAAUAUUUCCCAGAGACCUCUCAGCUGCAGGGUUUUUUGGUUGAGCUCCGCGACGGGCUCCAUGCUGCUUUGACAGAGCUUAGUGAACUCAGCCUGAGGGACCGUGACUUGGAGGAGAAGUUUCACGCCCAUCAGACUGACACAGAUGAUAAAAUAAUGGGUCUGAAGAACUCGCUCAACACAUUCAAGGAGGAGCUGAAUGUGGCAUUGUUCCAUAUUAAGGAGGUUUCCAGCAGACAGAAGGAGGUGCAGAAAAGGAUGGAGCAGCUGCCGUUUGAAAACAAAGAUAUAAUCUCUGCUCCACACAGCAGCAGAAAGAGCUCCAGGGCUGAUGUCCUAACACCAUCAGGGGAUGAACACAUAUGUGCACUCAGCCAAUCAGAGCUCAGCGUUUUCCCUACUCUGCCACACGGCGAGUCACCACAGAGGAGCAACACAUCGACACAAACCUCCACCUCCGACCAGGAGGCCCAGCAGCUGCAGAAAACCCCCAUGUGGGGAGAGAAGCCUAACAGCCGAGAUGAGAUGAACGUCCCCAACAGUCAGAAUGAAAACAAUAAGAGACAAAGAGCAGCUCUGGAGCUGCUGGAGUCUGAGAGAGUCUACGUGUCCCACCUGUCUCUGUUACUGAAGGCCAACAUCUCCUUCAACGGAUCAGAAGCAAUGACUUCCAAAGACAAACGACCGUUUCCCAGUUCUUUAAGGUUCCUGAUCCAGCAGCACCUCGAGCUCCUCCAUACUCUCCAGGAGCGUGUGCUCAGGUGCCAGUGGCAAGGCAUCAUGGGAGAUGUAUUCAUGAGGCUCACCAGCAAAGAAAGUGAUUUCCUGGACUUUUAUGUUUCCUACCUUAAGGAGCUCCCAGACUGCCUGUCGGUCGUCACCAUGCUCUCUUCCAACUCCAUAAAGUCUUCUGCUUUUGCGGAGUGUGACAUCAUGGGCGAUGAAUCCAAACCAUCUCUCAGGACUCUGCUCCUUCAGCCGGUUCAGAGGAUCCCAGAAUACCUGCUGCUGCUGCAGGGCCUCCUUCGGCAGACAGAUGCAGAUCACCCCGACUACUACCUGCUGCUGGUGUGCAUCCAGCAGUUCAGAUCCUUCACUGCACAGUACCACCACCUCCUUCAGCACAACCAAGAGCUUCUGCUUCUCAACCGCAAGGAGUUUAAAAACAGGUCUACUAUGAAACAGCUGUUAAAGACAGUGGAGAGUGGAAUUCAAACCAAUGACAUUGGCUCACCGUACCCUGGCAGCAACGCGAUGCUGGAGCACAGCAACAGGGUGAAGCACAGGAAGCAGUGUCUCCUGGAGCAGAUUCAGUCGAACCGAUUACCGGACUGGGAUCGUUAUCAAGACCCAGGAAGUCAUUGUUACGACACCGAGUGGCUGCCUCAGCUUCCGCUUUUUACUCCUGAUCUGGACUCGAGGAAUCCAAAACCAACCGGUCUUGGUAGCAUCCCAGAGAGUGACAUUUCAGAGAGGUCAUGUCCACACAACCUUCCCUCCAGACCUGCUGAGUUCCGUCAGGUUCAGCCGGGCUCGGCUUUGGCGGAUGCUCUCGGAGAAUUUCUCCUUCCUCCAGACCCUCCAGGGAUGGAGAGCCUCUAUGAAGAGGAUGGAGACCCCCAUCUGUUCGACCGAUGCUCAUCAGCCUCCUCCGACUCCUCCAUCGACAUCGCAUUUGUGAAGUAUCCCAAGUCUCCUACUCACGCAGUCGCAGCAAAUGUCCCAAAGACCCGAGACAUGUUUGGGAAUGGUGGAAGUCAAGGUCAUGCUUACAGCAAGCUGCCCAACAGGGGUUGUGUGUCUCCAGAUGAAGCUGUGAUGACGCGGCGUAAUCUGCAUCGCCCCCUGCAGGCCAGCCAGCGCAAGAGUAAGUCGCUGAAUGGUCUGCAGAUGGAGAACACAGUGAGCAGUCUGGAUGGAGGACCUCUGUCAGACCACAUCCAGAGGGUGGGACUGGGCAGCCAUGCCAAACUGGAGCGUCAGGGGAGUAAGGGCAGCAAGAGCUCCACCCCAUCACACAAAGUCCAAAACCCGCUGGGGAACACUGACAAACAUAGUCCAGACCUCCACGGGCUGCUCAGCAUCGACUCAGGCAUCCAGUCAUGGGGCGACGAGACAAAAUGGAAGAGCGGGACAGAGGAGAAUCAGCACACCCCCUUCAGUGAGAGGAGUCGCAAGGACAAAGGAGGAUUCAGGAGCUCCUUUAAGAAGCUCUUCAGGAAGAAGACCAGCGAUGAGAAGAAGGAGAAAGGAGGUGAAAAAUCACCAGAAAGUCAAAACAAUGCUGAGCAUGAAUCAGUGGGGAAAACUCCCAAUCUGGUUCAUCUGGAGAUUAACAGGGGCACAGCUGUAUAAAUAUAAUCUGUGAGCAUUUACAUGUAGAAAUGUCGUGUAAAUAUAAUCUACUUAGAUUAGGAACAUUUCCACAAAGCUUUAAGAAGUAUGAACGUGAAUCACUUUAGAGGAAGAAAGUCCUGCCCCAGACCUUCACUCUGAAGGAAAGCACUUAAAGUGAUUACUCUCUCAGGGCCGUUACACCUGAAGGUGUUAGUGUUUUGCAGGAGCGCUGGAGAAGCAAAAGACAAAAAAUCAAUGUCUCAUCCUCUUCAUUAACUCAACAACCACCCAGCAGUAUCAUCGUCUGUUGCUGGGUAGGAGCUCUGGGCAGCUGGAUGGUGCACGAGAUUUGAAACUGCUGGUGGAUCUGGGUCAAAGACUUUGCUUUCCACCUGAGAUUGCAUCUACCAGCCUAAAACCUGACACUGCGUUGUGAUCAGCGGCUCUUAAGACUGUUAUCGAGCUCACUUGGGAGGAUACAGUUGAGGAGGCUUACAAGCACAGGAAACUGAGAUACGCUGAAUCUCCAGCUGAAACAAAACAACGUAGCUGGAAGAAGGAGGUUCAAACCCUCAAGGUGGGAUAUAGAGGAUUUGUAGCCUUUAAAACGUCAACGCUGAUAAGUGAGCUUGGUGCGUGUGUGUGUGUGUGUGUGUGGACAGGGUCACUGGCAGGCAAUAAAGGAUCUCUCCAGAGCUGCUAAAAGGGGCAGCCAGUGGCUCUGGCUGAAGAGAAAGGACUCUAGCUAGGCCUCGACUGGGUAGAUGGCACCUUGAAGGGGAACUUGGGACACUGGAAGUCACUGCUGAAACCUCUGGAGAUGUCAUGGGCCCAUCAGUGAAACGCUGAGGAAGGAGAGCGCCCACUUGAGAAUCCAGAGAUUGAGUCCAAGCUGCAUGUCUUUAAAACCGAUCCAAUUUUUAAAGAUAGCUGAUUUUUACAUUCUAAACGACACCAAACCUAUUUUCUUUUAUUAUUGUUUACAGUGUUAUAUGUUUCUCUUUAUGGUUUUUCAGAUAACCCCUUUAUCCUCUCUGUGUAGUUUUCUAUUAGCUUACCAAUUACUACAUUGUUGCAUGUACUCAGGAAAAUAAAUAAAAAACAUGUAAUUUGUAUAUGUUUGUUUAAAUUACUUAUUUAAAGAAAACACCUGGAAAUGUUUGUGUCAUAUUUGGUUUUAUGCCCUGAAUUAGAAACGAAUAAAGUCAAACGUUCACAAUA